GCCAUAACUCAUACAAUGUUGCAAAAUUCAUCCUUUGUUUCACUUCCUAGUUUCUUCAAACCUCAACAACCACGAAGUAUUAGUUUUCCUAGUUCAAAUGUUUCUCUACUUCCAUGUUAUGCUACUAAUUCAAAUAUUUCUCAGAGAAAAUCAGCCAAUUACCAACCCAAUAUUUGGGAUUAUGAUACUUUACUAUCCUUAAAACACGAUUAUGCGGAUGUCCACUACCUGAAUAGGAGUAGGAGGUUGCAAGAAGAAGUAAGAAGAAUGAUUAAUGAUGAAAAUGUAGAAAUUUUAGAGUUAAUAGCAAAUGUGAAACACUUAGGCAUCAGCUAUCACUUUGAAAAGGAGAUAAGAGAAGCACUUGAUAGAUUUUUGUCUUUGGAAAAAUAUGGUGAUACAGUUCAUGAAAAAAAUCUGCAUGACACUGCUUUAAAAUUCAAACUCCUCCGAGAAUAUGAAUAUGAUGUUUCGUCAGAUAUUUUUGAGAGGUUUAAAGAUCAUAAUGGAAAUUUUGAGAAAUGUCUUGUGAAAGAUGUGAAAGGAAUGUUGAGUCUGUACGAGGCAUCGUUUCUAUCUUACGAAGGAGAACAAAUUUUAGAUGAAGCAAAUUCUUUCACGAGUUUCCAUCUCAGGGGAAUUCAAGACAAUAUAAGCAAUUUCCUCUUUGAACAAGUGAAUCAUUCAUUGGAGCUUCCGUUUCAUCGUAGAUUUCAAAGACUCGAAGCUCGAAGGUAUAUUGAGUCAUAUGGAAAAAGAAAGGAUGCAAAUAAAGUGUUGGUUGAAGCAGCUAAGUUGGAUUUCAACAUUGCGCAAUCAAAUCUACAACAGGAUCUUAUAGAAAUGUCAAGAUGGUGGAAGGGGGUGGGACUAGCUCCAAGGUUAAGUUUUGGUCGUGACAGGCUAAUGGAAUGCUUUUUUUGGGCUAUUGGAAUGACACCAUUGGCACCCGAACUCAGUGAUUUCUCCAAGAGUUUAACUAAAGUAUGUUCUCUAAUAACUUUAAUCGAUGACAUAUAUGAUGUCUAUGGCACUUUGGAUGAGUUAGAGCUUUUCACAACAGCAAUAGAAAGUUGGGAUAUUAAUGCAGUUGAAACUCUUCCUGAGUACAUGAAGAUAUUCUUUUUAGCACUCUACAACACUGUAAAUGAAUUAGCAAAGAAAACACUUCAAGAAAAAGGACAUGACAUCCUUCCCUACCUUGUUCAAGCGUGGUCUGAUAUGUUGAAAGCAUUCCUACAAGAAGCAAGGUGGUGUAAUGAUAAACACAUGCCAAAAUUUGAUGAUUACCUCAACAAUGCAUGGGUGUCUGUGUCUGGUGUUGUUUUACUCACCCAUGCUUAUUUUCUUCUAAAUCAUAGCAUAACAAAGGAAGGGCUUGAGCACUUGAAAAAUUCUCAUUUGCUACUACAGAGACCAUCCAUUAUUUUUCGACUUUGCAAUGAUUUAGCUACUUCAUCGGCGGAGUUAGAAAGAGGUGAAACAGUGAAUUCAAUUAUGUGCUACAUGAAGGAAAAUGGUGUUAGUGAAAUGCUUGCUCAUCAACACAUCAACAAUUUGCUUAAUGAAACUUGGAAGAAGAUGAACAAAGAUCGAGUUACAGAUUCAACUUUCCCAAAAUGUUUUCUAGAAACAUUAACCAACCUUGCUAGAACUGCUCACUGUACAUAUCAAUAUGGAGAUGGACAUGGAGCUCCUAAUACUAUAUCAAAGAAUCGAAUAAAGGCAUUAAUACUUGAACCUAUUAAUUAAAUUUAUGAGAUGCAUGUUAAUAGUUUUUUCAUUAUUAAUAAAUAUACUAAUAGACACAUAGUUGUGAGAAUAUAUUGGUUAUCCAACCUUAAAGGUUAUAACUUCUUAACAAUGACACAAUAUUGUAUUUGUUAAAAGAA